UUAAUAGUCAAAGAUUAGUGUGCAUGUAAACAUGGUCACUGAAAGCACCCAAUCUACCCUUUUGAUGUUACUCAGCCAUUCUGUGUAUUCCUGUGCAGAUUCAAUGUUGUGCAAGACACCAGUUUACUCCAGUGUAUGGCAUGUAAAAGCUGAAUGACGACAAACAUUUAAACAAUGACUGCAAUUUUAUAGUUUCAUAUUUGUUUUUUUUUGUGUUGUUUUUCUUAUUACAAACCAACAUGUCGAAUAUGGUCCCAGUUGUUCUUCUACUUUCAAACUCAUUGCUGACACGUAUUUGUGUGUGUGUGUGUGUUUCCUCACAGGAUGAACGAGGAGCAGAUAGCUACAGUGUGUUUGUCGGUGCUGAGGGCUCUGUCCUACCUGCACACACAGGGCGUCAUCCACCGCGACAUUAAGAGCGACUCCAUUCUCCUGACCAGUGAUGGCAGGAUCAAGCUAUCAGACUUCGGCUUUUGUGCCCAAGUUUCCAAAGAGGUGCCCAAGAGGAAGUCCCUCGUUGGCACACCCUACUGGAUGGCACCAGAGGUCAUCUCCAGACUACCUUAUGGGACUGAGGUGGAUAUCUGGUCUUUAGGCAUCAUGGUGAUUGAGAUGGUGGACGGAGAGCCCCCCUACUUUAAUGAACCCCCUCUGCAGGCCAUGAGGAGGAUACGAGACAACCUGCCCCCUCGGCUAAAAGAGUCGCACAAGGUGUCCUCUGUGCUGCGCUCCUUCCUGGACCUGAUGCUGGUGAGGGAGCCCUCGCAGAGAGCCACGGCCCAGGAACUCCUCCAGCACCCCUUCCUCAAGAUGUCUGGCCCUCCUUCCUGCAUCGUCCCCCUCAUGAGACACUAUCGCCACCGCUGACCUGCCAGCCCCAGACACCUGCCCUCCUCUACACUAAAAACACACACAUACACACACUAUCAGGGUGGCACUGCCCUCACCCAGCCAAAACACCCCACCGCUUGGUGGCACGCCACUAACACUCACACCUGUAACCGUGACGUAGAUUAGCUAGAGGAAUAUCUAAGAAACUACAUUUUAAAAAAACACAUGACAGAGAAAAGAAGAAAAAAAAAUCGUCUAUCAUUUUGAAACUAUGAACUGGAGUAGAAGAGUGCACCAUGCCAGAGGAACUCGGUAGAAACAUGUGGGCUGGCUCGCCCUGCUGCAGUCUUCUCUCUUCCAGUUCCAUGUAGACUUGUAGUAGCCAUCAGCAGGAGUCUUCAGAAGGGUGUGGUGAGCUGACAUGGUGGAGGGACCUUGGGGCCCGGCGCUCUGCUCCACACUGGAGCAGCAGAAGGCAGAACAAUCAGCUGCGUGCAGAGAGGCGUCUUUGACUGGUGAUGACUGUUGACUGUGCCGUUGGUCCGUCUGAAGGACAGUGCUGCUGCUGCUCAGCUGGUCAAACAGAGACGAGCUCUCUUGUAUCUCUCUUCUCACACACUAACAGUGAAAAUGUAUUUUAGAGAAACUUGUAAGUUUUUCUGUACAGUUUUGAUAAUUUGCAGUAUUUUAUCGUGUCGUAACCAUUGUGAUAUGAGCAGUAUUAAAUAGAGUUUCUGCAGAGAUCUUUCCUACUGUUUAUAAUCCAGUUUUUGCUUAAAGAUAUAAGAGAUAUCCCAAAUAAACCCACCUAAACCUAACUGUUACUAAAAAUACUAAAUAUAUUUAUUAUCUUACAUUUGUAGACAGAACUUCCAUUAAAUGUUGGAAAAAAGGGUAAUGUCAGAAUUUUGUAUGACGUUUUAAAGUAUUUAUUUAUUUAUUGGAAUUUAUUUUUUGGUAGUGUGGCCUUUUUUUGUUUAUUUUGUUUUCUUUUUUUGUUGGGUUUUGAUUUUACAUUUCUAAAAGCGCAUCACAGGCAGUGCUAUCAGUUGUUUUAUCAUCUGAGCAAUACCCCAAACCUAUUUAUGAAGCCCUGUAUUUAUGAUACUGUAAUUACACCAUGCAUUUAAAUGUAGCACAGAUGGAGUGGAUUUGACGGGAAAAAAAAAAGACUCGAUGCAGACCUGUUUUCUUUUAUAUUAGGAGUCUCAUCCUGUUUGUCUAAAUGCUAAGAGGCGCCCAUCCAAGACGCCUGCCUCCCGCGCAGAUUUUAGGAUGCUGAUAAAAGGUCUCGUUUUCUACUCACAUCCUCACUGUCAUCAUCUCACUCCUUAUCCCACCUCAGUCAGACACACUACUCGCUAUCACUGGAACUGUGCUGCCAUUCUCAUCUCUGGUCGGACCGGGAGAACAGUGUAAUCCUCCUCCCCGCAUCGUUUUUACCCAUCAUUCACUGUGAUAUGUAAAUAUGACUGUGUGAGUGUGUGUUUGUGUGUUGUGUAUGUCAAAGAGCAAAAGAGCGUGUUUAUCUCUGUACAACAUCUGAAAGUGUGUGUGUGUGCGUGUGUGUGUGCUGCUGGCUAAUCCUUGACAAUGUGUCAAGACUUGAAUGAGUAACACUUAUCUGUGGUGUUGGCUUGUACAGUGAUAUUGCAUGUUUGUUAUCAGUGAAGCUGGUUUCAAUUAAAAAACGCCCAUAAAAACAUUGA